AUGAUGUAUGCGAUCACAUGCGUUCUGUUGUUGUGUAUCUCAGCAGCCAGCCUGGCAGAAGUACUCAGCGAGGAGGAGAAGAUGCAAAUUUUGGAGAACCACAACUUGCUGAGAGCCAACGAAGGAGCGAGCAACAUGAUGAAACUGAAAUGGAGCGACCAACUGGCCGGCUACGCGACGUUGUGGGCGGACAGGUGCGACUUCUCCCACGGCCAGCCAGUGGAAGCUACCUCUGCCGGACACAUCGGACAAAACUUGUACAUCUCUUCAUUACUCCAAUGGAACAUUGGCAAGGCAGUCUUGAACUGGUUCAAAGAGAAAGAUGCAUACAACAUCAGCCUGAAUGCUUGCCAGCCGGACAAGGUGUGCGGACAUUACACCCAGCCCAGAAUGUGUAAGUCCUCCGAAAAUGUAAAAAUUAUCUUUGAGGAAAUGUGCAACAACUUGUGUACGUUUAAAAACUCGUACAUGAUGAACAUCUUUCGCCUUCCUGAUAAAUCACCUGCAUCAAUCUGA